AGGAAGGCCGCAUAUACGCACAUAUAAAAGUACUCAAUUAAUUAUACAAUCGUCAAACUUAAGAAUUGACUUGGUUAAAUUUGUCUGUACUAACAGAAUUUGUUUAAUUAUCACAGAUUUCAGGGUUUCUUACAAAGACUUACAAGGUGGGAUCAUGACCCACCCGCAAUAAAUGCCUUGCUCUAUAUCAAUCCCACAUCCUCUAUGAAAGUACUCAUAUUUGAAAAUGAUCACAUGCUUGGAUGUCAGAAAAAGUACAACAGUGUCAUAUUAUUUCUGGGUUGUAAAUGCUUUGAUCUUUAUAUUAGACUCAUACUCCUACAUUAUUGCUAUUAUUCACAGAAGACAACCCAGCAAGCGACAUGGAAUAUGAGAAUUCCUACAUGGAAAAUGCCUUAAUCAUUAACCAAGAAGUACAGAUUAGGCCAUGUGACCUUGCAGAAACAUUGAGGGUCAGUCAUGUUGUCCUUCAAGAAGGACCUGUAACCAAUAUUGAUGUUCACCCGAGAUGGUUGAUGUGCUGUGAGGCUCCGAAGGACAAUACACACCUUAAAAUCUUGCUCCAGACCUACUAUCACCUCAUUGAAGUGUCUGUGGACAAACACUUCCCUAACCUGCCAAAAGGAGGCGCUGUGAACCAGCUAGAGGGUUUCCUGAUAGAGAUGCAGACAACUGUGCUGCGGGAGCUUCUGAGGUUGGCACCCCUGCUCACAGAGGCUCAGUUGCUGAGGAAUGUUAUAGCUUGCUAUCAUCGUCGGACUUUUGACACUCUACACUGGAUCCUCCAUCAUGUCAACACAGGUCAACAGGUCUUUGCUGUUGUUGACUGGGUACUACACACAUACCUGAGGUACUCAGUACUUUCUCUCCUUGUAACUCCCUUUGUCUUAUAUUCACUCUGAUGGUGUAGUACUGAAUCUGAAGGUAAAGCAGAAAUAGGAGAGCAUUGCAUUAUAAAACAGCAAGGAAAAACAGGACAAACUCUGCUUUUCUCACAAAUAUUUCUCUUUAAAUAAAACCUCUCUAUAUAUAAUGGAUGAAGUAUUUAAAUGUACUGUCCAAAAACUAUUUAAUACAUUUGAUUAUUAAAAUACAGUGUUCUGUGGCAUCAGAUGAAAUGCUGAAGAUAGUGGCUUGAAAACUCUUUCCUAACCAAUCUUACACAAACCUAAAACAAUGGUCCUCCUAACCCCUGCCCCGGACAGUAUGCAUGAGGCAUGAGUUUUCUUGUUAAUACUACAAGCAUGCACAAAAUACCACAGUGUUGGUGUUUAAAAAAUAACUCUUGUUUUAAAGUAUUUUUCAUGUUCUAAAAUUAUUAUCGUAUUGUCUGAUCGCCCUAUUUGUUAGGAAGUUGGUAUCUAUGUUCACUAUGAAUUCUGGAACUUUAUGUUAUUGUAUAAUGAACAGAUCAAUACUGAGGAUUAGAUUCUACAAGAUUCUAGAUUGUGUUUAGGAGACUUUGUGUUUUUAUGAAACUAAUGUAUCAUUGCUAAUAUUAGCACAUUAUGUAGUUGUGCUAUUGUGAAAUGCCCUGUAAACAUAAAAAAGUCAGCAUUAUUUGCACAUUUAUUGUUUUCAGAAAUAAGGCAGUUAAUGCAGAGGAUAUACAAACAAAUAUUUAUUUAGAUAUAAUUUAAGAUACAUUUCAGAUACAAAACAAGCUAAAUUUCAGAUACAUUUUUGUAUAUUUGAACAACAGGAUUAAUCUCUCUUGUUUUAAUAAAGCUUUAAAAGAAAAACUAAUAUUGCCACCCACUGGAUAUAAAAUGCCCUCGCAAGUCAUCCUGGAACUGGGCCUGACUCUUUUGGGAUGUUUUUCUAGUAAGGAACUGUUAGGACAUCCUGACCUCUGGAAUGAGUCUAUACAAGCUGUAGACCUUCUCCUUCUGACAGACUGGAUUUCACAGGCUGAGAGGAAACUCCUGGCUGUUGUGCAGGAGGACCUAUUUACAUCACUGGGGAGGAUCCUGGAGAAUGAGGAGUCCAGUAGACAGGUGUGUGUCUCUGUGGAUGAGGCCUUCGUCCACGUGCAUCUGGAUGUCAUUCAGUGUAUUAAUGCUGUGCUGGAGAGAGCAAAUAUGCUGAGCCAAACCCUGAAGCUCAAGGUCCAAAGAGUAUGUUGGGAAGAGCUUAAGGACUUUGUAGAAAGGUAUGUCAUUGUUAAAAAGAAGCACCUUAAACAAAAAUCUAAAAUGGGUACAAUGCACCUCUUUAAGAUUACCAACACCUGCAAAGAACUCAGCCUGUAUGCUUCAGUUAUUGCUGUUGAUUACACAAGUUUAAAUGCAGAUCAAACCAUUUCACCACUUGAGGAAUUGGAAACUCUUGCUUUGAAGCUUCUCAUGGACAGACAAAUUCAACAUGCACAGAAAACAUUGGCAAAGUAUUUCAAAGGAGUGGAUCAGCAAAUGGAAAAUUUAAAAAAAGACUUUGAGAAACAUUUCAAAGGCCUUCCCAAGGACCUGGAUACGCAAAAGACUGUGAUCGACAAAGCCUAUCAGCAUAUUGUCUCUCUGUACCUCCAACACCUUGUGCAGAGUAACUAUGGGAAGCUGGUCAAAAGAUGGGAUGACAUUGGAGAAAGAGUGACACAGGAUGCUGAGCUCCUUCACGUGAUUUUCUCUGGCCUGAAUCCUGAUGUGAAACAGUGGAACCUCAUACUACUGAAAGUGGUCGAAGUGCUUAAUUGCGGCGAUGUAGAAAGCCUGAAGAUAAUAAUCUGUGUGAUACUGAGGGACUGCUUCAGUACAGGUACAGAGCACCUGCCUGCCCUGCUGCACUGGAAGGGAGGCCUGUCACGAAGACAGAUCCAGGAGGUAAUAGAGGCAAGCCAGGAUGUGUACCCCACUAACCUGUCUGCACCCUGGUAUGGCUGCCUUCUUUGCUGCUGACAGUGUGAACAGGGAAGUCUCAGACAGAAGACACCUGAUGACCCCACUCUAUGAACUCUGACCCUUAACCUUUCUACAAAACUUAACAAUAUUCUGUUCGCCUUUCUAAAUAGUCGACUCCGUUCACCCAUCUUGGGUACUCAAUGUUA